GAUGUUCUUUUUAAUCCUUCAUAUGGCGGUAAGUAUUUCUCCUUCACAAUCACAAGUAAAGGUGUGAACUUAUUCUAUCCCAAGAUUCCAGAGGACUUUGCAGCCAUUGACAUCUCAAGCAACAGAUUCGAAGGGAAGGUUCCUGAAUUCAUUGGGGCCCUGACGGGGCUUCGUUGGCUCAAUAUGUCCAACAACAUUCUCACUGGUUUGAUCCCCUCAUCCUUGGGAAAAUUAAAGUUGCUUGAAUCGUUGGACCUUUCACAGAACAAACUCUCAGGGCAGAUCCCUCGACAACUGACACAGAUUACAUUCCUUGCAAAAUUCGAUGUCUCUCACAACAAUCUCAGUGGUCCUAUUCCUCGUGGAAGCCAGUUUGCUACAUUUGAGAGUACUUCAUAUGAAGGAAACCUGGGGUUGUGUGGAGAUCCAUUGCCAAAGAAAUGUGGCAAUGAAGCUCCUCAAUUGCUACCUUCAACAGAAGAAGAAAAUGGUUCUGAUUUUGGAAAUGAAUUGGAUUGGAUAUUUGUUCUGGCAGGAUCUGUGUGUGGGUUGCUAGUUGGAAGGGUUCUUGCAGUCGUCCUCAUCACAAGGAAGCGUGAGUAUUUCCUUGAGAUUGUGGGGAUACUGACCAGACUAAUGAAAAAGAAAAGUGAGAAGAGGACUCGGAGAAAUUGAGCUUAUUUGUUUGCCUAAUGCAUCUACCCAUUCUUUCUGUUUUUCCCCAUGUGUGUUUGUGUUUCUUUCUUUCUCCUCCCUACACUUGCUCACGCGGUAUCUUCUCCUCUGUAAUAAGCUUAUUUAGAGUGUGUACGUUGAGUUCAAGUACGUAAAGUUCAGUUGCUUGUUCAUCUCAUUCAGGCU